AUGGUGGUGCUCUCGGCCUCAUUGCUGACUAGAAAUGGCAAAGUGCUCGUGGCGCGCCAAUUUGUCGAAAUCACUCGAAUUCGACUUGAGGGUCUCCUUGCGGCAUUUCCGAAGCUUUUGUCAAGUGGUACACGUGAACACACGUUCAUUGACACAGAGAGUGUGCGCUACGUGUAUCAACCGUUAGAGAAUUUUUUUGUGCUCAUUAUUACCAACAAGACGAGCAAUAUUGUGGAAGAUUUGCACAUUAUACAAUUACUCGCCAAGCUUGUACCAGAUAUCUGUGCACCUCUUAGUGAAACUUCUAUUCGUGACAAACAGUUUGAGUUGGUCUUUGGGUUUGAUGAGCUCGUUACAGCGGGUGGUCAUUCUGAGAACAUAAAUGUGUCACAAAUUCGUAUGAAUAUGGAGAUGGAAAGCCACGAAGAGAAGCUGCAUAAUAUGAUUCUUGAAAGCAAACGUGCAGCAGCUAAAGAUGAUAUGAAGCGCCAUACAGCGCGUAUUAAAGAAGAACAGCGUGAACGUGCUCGAUUAGAGCGUGCUGGUAUGGGUGGUAGCGGAUCUGGAUUACAUAGUUCGUUUGGAAGCUCGUUUAGUAGUAAGUUUAAGUCUCCACGAAGUGACAACAAAAGCAGCUUUAUGAGUAGCCCGAGAUCACCAAGUGCUACGUCUCCGACGUCGUAUAACAGUCGUCCAGCGCCAGUUGUUUCGAAAGGUGCUGGAAUGAAGCUUGGAACGUCGAGUAGUGGUCAAGGCAUGGGAUUAGGAAGCGGUGGCAAGUCGUUCAUGGAUGCGAUGGCCGCAGAAGACGGAUUAAAAGAAAUCCCACCGAUGAGUGCUGUGGUGGAGACGGUGCAGAAGCCAGAAAUUGCAGUUGCAGUGAGUCAUGACCCAAUUGGUGCAGUGGUAGAAGAAAAGAUCACUGUUGUUAUUACUCGAGACGGUGCUCUUGAACAAUUAGAAGUCAAGGGCAGUAUGUAUGUAUCAGUAAACGAUCCAAGUGCGGGGUGCUGCCGUCUGAAGCUUCGCACAGGUGAGAUUGAAGGCAUUUCAUUUCAAACGCACCCAAAAGUGGACAAGCGGCUUUAUGACAAGGACUCUGUGCUCGCUUUGCGAGAUCCUUCAAAGCCAUUUCCAACUUCUCGUGUGGCGUUUCUGCGCUGGAGUUUAAAGACACAGGACGAAUCGAUGUUGCCGUUGAACAUUACGUGUUGGCCUGAAGAGGAAGGGGAUGGAAAGAUGAAUGUCAGUGUCGAAUACUCGUUAGAUCGCGACAUGGUUUUGGACAAUGUAAACAUUAUUAUUCCACUUGGAGGUCACGAUGCACCGAGCGUUGCGAAUGUGGACGGACAGUAUCAGCACAACUCAGCCGAGGGUUCACUCCUUUGGCAUCACGACCAAAUCAGCUCUGCCAAUAAUUCAGGCACACUCGAGUUUACGAUCCGUGGUAAUCACCUUGAUGCAUUCUUUCCCAUCUCUGUCUCGUUCUUUUCGCGCAGCGUGUAUAGCGACGUACAGGUGGAAGCAGUUGAAAAGGUGGAGGACGGCUCGUCAAUUGCAUUUGGAUUUGAAAAGCUCCUUUCGACGGACUCGUAUCAGAUUGUAUAG